UAUUGCAUGCCAGAGUGACUUCCACUAGUGGGUGCUUGGCUAUUUGGAGAGGAGUGGACUGGAUAAGACAGUUCCACGUUGAAGAUUAUCAGAAAAACGAUCUGUUCAGUAGAACAGUAGAAUGCGAACAGGUCUGCGUCUGCGCUGCACGAUUCAGCCGUUAUUCACGUCGCUUUAGAUUUGCUCGAGACAGUGUUUUCCCAUCCCCUAACAGUAACUUCUCAGAAUCUGUGACGGCUGUGAGAUCCCUGUGAUAUCAGCCAGUAACAUGUCCAUGUUCAGCACGGGCAUCCUUGUGCUGACAUCUCCUCUCCACACUCUCCCCCUGCGCAUCGCCCCGGUGCUGAGCUCUGCCGCUCAGCUUGUAGAGCGCACACUGUAUGUCCACCUCCACCCUGGGCUGAACCUGGGAAGUGGGAGCCAGCCUCGCCCAGUUUUCAUUCCGCCAGUAGUGGACCUGUCGACGCUCAUUACCCGCCUUUACAGCAAUGCGGCCGACAUAUGCGGGCACCUGGAUAUUCGGGUUUUGCUGACCAAUGUUCGAGCUCAGACAACCGCUUGCAGCGGGACCGGGGUUCCAAACUGCCCCUUCCCGACCCCACAGUCGCUGUCCCACUCCCCGGAGGUGGUGCUAACAGACUUUCCUCUGCAGGACCCAGCUCAGUCCCAUCAAGUCACAGAGUGCUUGCAGAGGUACACCGGCCACUGCUACGUCUGUAGCCCUGGCCUGCCCUCAGUGCUGCUUCACUCACAGCUGAAGCUGCAGGAGAAAGAGGAAGGUCUGAAAGAGCUUGAAAAAAAGGCAAAACCUUUGGAAACUUUCAGUGAUGUAGUGGUAGGGGGGACGUUUGACCGGCUCCACGGGGCCCACAAGACGCUGCUCAACAUCUCAUGCCUGCUAGCCAACAGAAGGUUCCUUAUUGGUGUGUGUGAUCAAGCAAUGCUGAAAAAAAAAGUAUUGAAGGAGCUGAUCGAGCCGUACUCUCUGCGGGUUCAGAGAUUACGGGAGUUUCUGCAAGACAUCAAACCGUCACUACAGGUGGAGAUCGUGUCCCUUGACGACCCCUUUGGAGUGUCUGUGGUUGACCCCCUGCUACAGUGCAUUGUGGUUAGCGAAGAGACUAGAAAGGGAGGCGAGGCUGUGAACAAGAAACGCAUUGAGAAUGGCCUUCCAGCUCUUGUUCUUCAUGAGAUCCAGUUGCUUAAAGAUGCCCACCACACUGAGACGGAGGAGGAGAAGAUCAGUUCGUCUAGUCUGCGCUCUCGACUCCUGGGUACCCUCCUCACCCCGCCUAAAGACAAAUCCCAUCUCCCUCCCCUUCCGUAUGUGAUCGGCCUGACCGGAGGCAGCGGCAGUGGAAAGAGCUCCAUCGCCAGUCGGCUGGAGGCUUUGGGUGCAGUGUGGAUUGACUGUGACAAACUGGGCCAUGAGGUCUAUCAGACGGGCACAGCAGCCUAUCACAGAGUGAUUGAAGAAUUUGGGUCAGAUAUUCUGAAUGAAGACAAAACUAUAAACAGACGUGCAUUAGGGAGGAAAGUUUUUGGAAACCAGGAGCGGUUGAAAGCUCUAACAAAUAUUGUAUGGCCUGAGAUAGCACUUCUGGUGAAGCACAUUAUCAGCCAAGCCAAGGAGGAAGGUAAACAGGUUUGUGUGGUAGAUGCAGCAGUUCUCCUGGAAGCCGGCUGGACAGACAUGGUCCACGAGGUCUGGGUCACCAUCAUCCCAGAGGAGGAGGCGGUGUCAAGGAUAACGGAGCGAGACGGUGUGACCACAGAGGAUGCACUGCGCAGGCUGCAGAGCCAGUGGUCGAACGCCAAACAAGUAGAGCACGCCAACGUAGUGCUCAGCACGCUGUGGGAAAAAGAAGUCACUCAGAAACAGGUAUUGAAAGCUUGGAAUCUUCUUCAGAAGAGAAUCCAACAGAGGCAAGAAGGACAGUAGGAACACAUGUGGGUCAUUUAAUCAUCUUAAUCGCGACCCAUGCACACAAGCAUGUGUCAGGCCCAGGGACAUGUGAUCCACAUAAGGAAAUGUUGCCUUAGAGAAAAGUGAGUGUGGCCACUGUGCCUUUGCAGCAAGUCCAACAUGUUACGACUCAGUGCCUGAUUGACUUUCCACAGGUUUUUAAACUCUAGUUUUAUUUGAAAGAUGCUUAGUUGAAAGAUGGACAGAUGAGGAAAAGGAGAACUGAUCCCAGAUGAUAACACACAUAGAACGGUUGCGCCAUCUGGGGUCAAUAAAGUGUUAUCCUGAGAAUUGCAGGUCUGUUUUCAUCCAAGGUUGUUUUUUCCCCCAUAAAUGGCAUGCCUUUAAACAGAUGCCAUUGCUCAUCAUUCAGCAGUCCUAAAUAAGUCAAAACCAAACUUUUCUGCAAAUCAAAUUCCAGACACCUUGCCAGCUGACCACACUUUACAAGUCAUCUCUUCAUGGCUUCACAGUAUAGUUAACAUGAAUGUAGCUUAGAAAAGCAACUAAUGGUAAGGGAAAACUAGAAUUAAAUGUAAUUAGGUGUAUAUCUCUUUCAGGAUUUGGAGAAUAUUAACUAAUUCAUUAUUCAUAUCUAAUGAGAAAUUAUAAAUUACCAAACAAAGUACAUUGUAUUGUAAAAAAUAUAUUUUAAAUGUAGUUGUUACAUUAAAUGUGGGAUAAAUAAAUAUAUUGGGCACUGAAAGAUAUGAAACUGAAAGGUAUCAUUAUACUGACACCUAAGUGUAGUGGUGUGGAUGGGUUAUGAAAAGCCCCAUACUGUAGCAAGUUAGUGAACAUGGCCAGUAGAAUAAAUAGGUGGAAAAUACAUGAAAACAUUCAUGUAUGAAUUAAAUCUGCUGAAAAAUGUUAAAUGGCAAUCCAAGAGAAUGCACUGGCUACCUUAUAAGAGCCAGUCAUCACACGAUGACCUCGCCCUCUACGCGAGCUCUCCAGAACAUCUGAAAACUAAUGUCUCUGAAAGAACCUGAAAAGGCCAAGAGCAGCAGCAGAGUAAACCCGUAAGUCAUGUUGUGUUUGGCAAUAAAAUUGUAAAUCAGUGUUUACAUAACAAGAAUACUUUCAAUUUUAAAGGCUUGUCAAGUGUCACUUGGUUUUACAGUUUGUGAGAAUUUGCAAGUAUCUUUAAUGUCAUUGUCUUGCAUGUUACCUGCAAACUCAGUGGAAUGCUUUAUAAACUGGCACAGAACAAUAAAUGAAAUGUCUUCAAUGCA